AUGAGAGGUGUACCAAACUUCCACCAUUCUUACAUAUUCUGCUCCGUCUUCUCCGUCUUAAUCCUGUUCCCUCAGUUCUCUAUCUCUGCCAACACUAUGUCGGCUACAGAAUCUCUGACUCUCUCAAGCAACCAAACCAUCUUGUCUCCUGGUAAUGUCUUCGAGCUUGGUUUCUUCAAACCUUCUUCAAGUUCUCGUUGGUAUCUCGGGAUAUGGUUCAAGGCAAUCUCUAAGAGAACCUACGUAUGGGUUGCAAAUAGAGACAGUCCUCUCUCUAGCUCCAUCGGAACUCUUAAAAUCUCCGACAAUAACCUCGCUCUUUUGGAUCAGUCUGAUAAACCUGUUUGGUCGACGAAUCUGACCGGUGGAGAUGUGAGAGCUCCGGUGGUUGCAGAGCUUCUCGAUAACGGUAAUCUCGUGCUCAGAGACUCUAACAACAACGAUCCGGAUGAAUUUCUGUGGCAGAGCUUUGAUUUUCCGACGGAUACUUUACUUCCGGAGAUGAAACUAGGUUGGGAUCUCAAAACUAGACACAACAGAUCCCUGAGAUCAUGGAGAAGUCCAGAUGAUCUUUCAAGCGGUGAUUUCUCGUUCAAACUCGAAACCAGAGGGUUUCCGGAGAUUUUCUUGUGGAACAGAGAGUCACGAGUGUACCGGAGCGGUCCAUGGAAUGGGAUCCGGUUUAGUGGCGUACCGGAAAUGCAAGCAUUUGAUUACAUCGUUUUUAAUUUCACGGCGAGUAAUGAAGAAGUGAGUUAUUCAUUCCGAGUCACCAAAAACAAUAUGUACUCGAGAUUAACCCUAAGCUCCACGGGAAUAUUACAACGGUUCACUUGGAUUGAGGCAGUACAGAAUUGGAACCAGUUCUGGUACGCACCAAAAGACCAAUGCGAUGAGUACAAAGAAUGUGGGAGUUACGGUUAUUGCGAUUCGAAUACGUCCCCGGUUUGCAACUGUAUCAAAGGGUUUGAGCCGAGGAAUCCACAGGUGUGGGGGUUAAGAGAUGGGUCGGAUGGUUGCGUGAGGAAGACGCAACUGAGCUGCGACAGCGGAGAUGGGUUUGUGCGGUUGAAGAAAAUGAAAUUGCCGGAUACUAGGGCGACGAGCGUGGACAGAGGAAUUGGGUUGAAAGAAUGCGAAGAGAAGUGCAUGAGUGAUUGUAACUGUACCGCGUUUGCGAAUACAGAUAUCCGAGAUGGCGGAUCAGGUUGUGUGAUUUGGACCGGAGAGAUUUCGGAUAUCCGGAAUUACGUCGAGGGAGGUCAGGAUCUCUACGUUAAAUUGGCCGCUACAGAUCUCGGUUAG